CUUGAUGCGAGUGGCGCGGCGCUGCGUGGCGGCUCUCAGGCUCUCAGGCUCUCAGGCUCUCAGGAGGAAGCAGCCCACGGACAGAAGGCGUCCACAUUUCAGCACUGGAGCUGUCUGUUACCCACUUUUCCCCCGGGAGGAAGGAGAGAAGUCGGAGAAGGAAGGAGGGGUUGCCAGGUCCUGCCAUGCUGGACGGCCCAGUCUGAGGACACCGAGGAGAUCCAGUCCCAAUCCAGCGUUUUUUGUUUUCUUUUUUUUACCCUUCAACGUCAUGGGCGUGCUCAUGUCCAAGAAGCAGCCGGUGGACAAGGUGCAGAGGUGCACUGCCGUGGUCUCAGCCUUCCAGGCCGGCAUCAAGGAUCGCCCGGCCGUGGUCAAGCCGGCAGACGGAGAAGCAGAGGACGGUAGCGUGCCGGCAAAAACCUCAAGCGGUCCCGAGGAGAAGACCGCCGAGGACGGAGAGGGAGGGGAACCAGAGAGCCCGUCCACCUCCCAGCAGGCUCCUCGGGAGGAGUGCAAGGUCAACCAGGAGUCCUGGUCCAGGUUGCGUGACGGAAAAGGCGUGGAGCCGGAAGAUCUGGAGAAGAGCCACCAGCUCACACCGCCGGCUUUUGUGCGGCCCAAGAGGGACGCCGAUGACGACCAACCUUCGGAGGUGGACUUGGCAAAGAAAGAACAGCCUCCAAGUGAUGAGAUGUGCGACGUAUGUGAGGUGUGGACGGCCGACGACCUGUACCCGUGCAAGAUCUGCACCCGGGUGUUCCAUGACGGCUGCCUGAGUGAGCUGGGCUACCUGCGCGCCGAGGCCCUGCAGGAGAUGCGGGACACGGCUCACACCGUGACCGGCUGGAGCUGCUACUAUUGUGAUAAUUUGAACCUCCUGCUAACAGAAGAAGAGAUGUACAGCCUUAUGGAGACCUUUAAGCAGUGUAAGCUCAUCCCAGAGUCAUGCCUGGUGUCGGACGAGUUGCUGCAGUACCACCACUUUGUAUCCAAGCAGCAGUUUGAUAAGGAUCUGACCGAUGAGCAGGAGGAGGAGGUCCUCUCGCAGUUUGCAGCCCUGGAUCCUGACAAGAAAGGUCACAUUGAGUGGCCCGACUUUCUCUACUUUGAGUCCCUGGCAGUUUUGAGGAAGUUUCGCACAGAGAACUCACUGGUGCGCCUGCUGACUGCCAAGGAAAGAGACACCGCUCGGUCGGUGUUCCUGGGCCUGGACUUGGAUGAGGAUGGGUUGAUCACAAGAGCAGAAUGUCGCCAGGCCCAACAAUCAUGGUUCAACAAGCUCAACAAAGAUUCGCAGUCCUGCAAUGUGAGACUAAUGGGACUCUGCGCUCCUUUAAGUUGUGGUAUAAGUCAUGUUGGCCCCAUUUGUGAGAGCAGUCCGGUCAGCUCCAGCAGUGAACGGAGCAAGACUGACGACAACAGGGCAACGACGUGGGCGGACUUUCUAAGGGAGAGCGCCAUCUACAUUCUGGCCGCGCGUCCCAACAGCUCGGCCAUGCACAUCCGCCUUCCCCUAUAGUCCAGGACCCUGCGCUGCACUGCACUGCAGGGAAAGGGGUGGGGGGUCUUGGGGGAGGGGGAGCAUGACCGGCAAAAUGUGACGACACCGCGAGUGAGGCGGCAGAUCAAACGCCUGUGCGGGAUCUUGCAGCCAAUAAGCUGACGAGCACGGAGCGGACGGACGAGGAGGGAAAGAAGUCCAACAAAAUAUUGCAUAAAGUUGGAGGAAAGUAUUUGGCUGCUGACAAACACCCCGCCCCCACCCCCGGGUUGGACUAACCUCUCCGUGCAGGUACAUCACUUUCUCUCACAGCCUCAUUCUGUCUCUGUGAGAGCUGUUUGCUGCCGUUGUGUUUAUUUGCUAUGGAGUUGUUCAUCACAGCACACAGAGGCACACGCAAAAUCCAUUUCAGCUCAGCCGGAAAGUUAUUCCGGGAGGACACAAACCUUGCAGGCAAGAAAGCGUUCAGUAUAUCAAACAGAAAUAUAUGUAAUAGAGCUGCUAUAUAAACUAGUCUAAUUUAUUAUAAUGCAUUACAAAUCUGUAUUUAUUCCUGUAUAUUCCAGCGUAUCCUCUCACUACCCGACUAAAUCUUCGUAGUUUUUUUUUCCAGAUGUAGUGUGAAUAAGGACGUGACCCUGUCGGUGACAUGUAUAUAAUGCCAUAUAAUGCGUUGCCGCAAUCCCCUUGACACACUGAAAACAUCGGCCAUGAUAAUUUGCUGCGAGAAUGCAACCGGGUGUUGUUGAGAUGAAGAUUCUAUGAUGUUUCUACAAAGGUUUGUGCGCAUAACAACUAGAGCUUCAUGUAUGUGUGUAUGCCACGUGAUUGCGUUUUUAAGAACCGGGUUCUCUCUGUGAAUAAUUUAUGGUGUGACAUGGAACCUGAUCAUGUGAGGGAUAUGUCACAGUGUUGAAAUAAAUGCAUGGCAUUAACUCUC